AUGGACCAGAGCGGUGGCACCCCCGAACAGCGAGCCCGCCGGCAAAGACGGGACGAGCAGCGGAGAAGAAAGCGUCCUUCGAGCGCCGACAUCGCCGGAAGGGGAGGCGCGUCGCGAUCGACACGCGUCAAGCAUGCCCACGACGAAGACAAGGUUGCGAAUUGGGAUGAGGACUGGGCCAGGGAGAAGGUGCGAAAUGACGUGACGGAAGUCUACUUCGGUAGCAAUUUCAACAUUCGAGACGUACAUAUCUCUGCUAUAGCGUCUUCGGGGUUCUGCGAGAAAUUGCGAAAGGUCCAAUUCGGCGACGACGAUACGGGCAUAGGUUCAAGCAUCUCGGAUGCCGCCAUCAAGCAGCUAGCUCAAGCAUGCCCUCAACUACUAGAGGUCAACUUCACUUCCGCUGUGGCGCUUUCCGACGCUGCGCUCCUCGCGCUAGUAGAGCAUUGCCCACAGCUGACAUCCAUCAACGUAUGUGGCAACGACAAGAUUAAAGGCAACAUCAGGGGCAGUUGCUUCGAUCAGCUGAUCGCCAAACCGGAUUUCGCACCUCGCCUGCAGACCCUGUCUCUCAUCGACGAGCGUGUCGGGGAGAAGAAGAUCAAAGCGCUGUCUAGGGCGCGGCGUGCUCUUACCAUCCGCGAGGGCGACACCGUGGGCGACGGAUUUGCUGCGCAGAUGGUCGCGUCGAUGACUGGCGGUGAGACUCUCACUGAGUGGCGCAACGGCAAGACGGUGGGCAUGGGCACUGACUAUGGCAUGGCCGGCUACGGUGGAUUUGGUCGGCCAUGGCGUGGUGGUGAUGGCUACUCUGAUAUUGAGGAGCCUGACGAAGCCCACAUCGAGGAGGAUGACGAUGACGAUGAGAGCGAGGACGACGACGAUGAAGCGAGGAUGAGGAGUCGUCUGACUGAUAUAUGGAUGUUGUGCUGCCUCGUACGUCCAAGUGCUUUUGACCUGGAAAACGCUAUGUCUACUUGUGUGGUCCUUGUGACUAGCAUAGCCAUAUCCAGGGGCUUGUUGUAG